CGAGAGGGCUGGCAUUUCCAGCAGCAUUGCACCUCCUAGGUGUCGUUUGCUCAUGCCUGAAAAGAGACGUUUCCUUAACAAAACAAACCAGUGUCUUUUCCUGCAGGCGAGUCCCUCUCAGAGGUCCCUUCUCCACUCGUAAUUCGAUCUGUCAGUAUCGCACUGCAGUCACAAAGCUACAAAGGAGCCAUUGUCCUGGCAAUGCGGAUGAAAGCAAACUCCCUUGAAAGCAGCAGGGUGCAGCUCACAUCUCACCUACAAAAGCCAUGAAGCGCAUGGGAUCUUUUGGAUUCUGUAUACACAGGACUACCACAGUCAGUAAUUAAACCGGUGUGCUUUUAAUUGUCAGGUUAAACGUUAAUAGGGCAGACAGGGCAGGCUCCUGCCUAGAACAAGCACAGAUAAGUGAUGAGAUUACUCCAAGACAGUAGUUUUGUUUACUUCCAACCCCUUCCUGUUUUCCCUGCAGCACUGUGGCCUGUUGCAGCCAUAGAAGUUUAUACUGCUAAGGAGGUGGAUGCUGUGAAUGGAACUAAACUACGGCUCAAAUGCACCUUCUCCAGCAGCAGCCCUAUUAGCCCACUGCUGUCAGUGACCUGGAACUUCCAGCCCGAGGACCUGAGCUCUCAUGAGCCGGUAUUUUAUUAUCUCAAGGAGCCCUACAUGCCGUCUGCUGGACGGUUCAAAGGACGGGUCACCUGGGAUGGGAAUAUUGAGCGUUACGAUGCCUCCAUCAUUAUCUGGAAUUUACAGCCCACUGACAAUGGAACGUUCACCUGCCAAGUGAAGAACCCACGAGACAUCGAUGGCACCAUUGGAGAAGUGCGACUCAGAGUUGUGCAGAAAGUGAAUUUCUCGGAAAUCCACUUCCUUGCCGUAGCCAUUGGGUCUGCCUGUGGUUUGAUGAUCAUUGUGGUGACAGUUGUGAUUAUCUGUCGACAUCGUCGGAAGAAACAGCAAGAGAAGGCGAUCGAGGUGGCAGACACUGAACUAGAAAAGGAGAAGCUGAAGAAUAUAGAAGAGAAGGAAAUCACUCCAUUAGAAGAUUAGAGGUCUCUGAUAGUAUAUACAAUGCAGGUACUUCUAAGGCAGAUGGUGAAAGCUUGUAAUUUUGGAUCUUAGAACAAAGCUGAAUUACAGACGCCUGAUGCUGGAAGUGUGGUGUCCCUGCUCAACCUGAAAUUCUUGCAAGCAAAGAGAAUGGCCUUAACAUAAGUUGUAAAGUGUUAUUUCCAUCACUGAAGAACAACAGGAGGCCCUUGCCAUGAACAAGGAACUGUCCUUAAACUCCACAGCUGCCAAACGUGAACAAAUUGGUUGUGAGGAUGAAAUGUCAGCCGAUUUGAACAAAGCACCAAGAUGAGUGACUGGCUAGAGACUUGCUGUGUCUGAGCAGGCACGUGCUUGUGCACCUUAAAAACCCAAAGGUACAUUUGGGCUGCCAGGUUAUUGUGCCCUGUCUGGGGUCACCUAAAGGAAGACCAUUAGGGGAGGGAUCAGAGGAGCUGCUAGGACGUACUUUGAAUCUCUUCACUACUUCAAAUGGAAAGUGUUACAGAUAAGGAAUGUCUGCCGCUGCUUGUUAGGGAUAACUGGACCCGCGGGUGUGUUUUUCACUCCAGCUGGCUUUGUCCAUGGGAUGGCUGACAGAACAUCCUCCCCGUGGCACAGCACUGCUUCUCUGGACAUCUUACUCCUGUAAAUCAAUCUGUUUAACACAUACCCUGCAUUGCCAUCCAACCUCAAGCAAACGGAACCGCAGGUCACUAAAACCACUGAGCUGUCCUGGUGUUUAAGCAACGCUAAAUCAAAAUAUCAGCCUGUUUAUUUAUAAGGGUAACUUUAUGGCUUUAUAACCCCGCGUGUAACAUGCUGACCACGUUAUCUGUACAGUUCUGUUUUCUAUCGUGUCCAUCGUAAAUAAACGCGGUUUGUGGGUAGAAGUGACAACGUUCUGAAAGCAGUGUGACGCCGGAGACAUUCGCAUCGCACGCUGGGCUCCGUCCCGGG